CAAGCGGCCGCGGGGUCUCGGUGGAGCGGCGGCUGGAGACGGAGAGCGACGGCGCCACAUGCAUAGUGAGUACUGUGUAGUCCUCUCACCCUCAAAGAUGGUGAAGCUGGAUAUUCACACUCUGGCUCAUCACCUCAAGCAGGAACGACUCUAUGUAAACUCAGAAAAGCAACUUAUUCAGAGAUUAAAUGCAGAUGUAUUGAAGACAGCUGAGAAACUGUACCACACAGCAUGGAUUUCCAAGCAGCAAAGGAUUAACUUGGACAGACUUAUCAUAACAAGUGCUGAAGCUUCUCCUGCUGAAUGCUGCCAGCAUGCCAAAGUCUUGGAGGACACACAGUUCGUUGAUGGGUACAAGCAGUUGGGAUUUCAAGAGACUGCUUAUGGAGAAUUCCUCAACAGGUUGAGAGAGAACCCUAGGCUUAUUGCUUCCUCUCUGGUUGCUGGAGAGAAACUCAACCAGGACAACACACACAGUGUUAUUUACACAGUCUUUACCUCCAUCUAUGGCAAUUGCAUCAUGCAGGAAGAUGAGAGCUACCUCCUUCAAGUUUUGCGUUACUUGAUAGAAUUCGAACUAAAGGAAAGCGACAAUCCCAGACGGCUUUUGAGGAGAGGCACCUGUGCAUUCAGCAUUUUAUUCAAACUUUUUUCUGAAGGACUCUUUUCUGCAAAACUCUUCCUCACUGCAACAUUGCAUGAGCCAAUCAUGCAGCUGCUGGUGGAAGAUGAAGACCACCUAGAAACAGAUGCAAACAAAUUGAUCGAGAGGUUCUCUCCCGCACAACAGGAAAAACUCUUUGGGGAGAAAGGCACUGAAAGGUUCAAACAAAAAGUCCAAGAAAUGGUGGAUUCCAAUGAGGCUAAGUUAGUGGCUUUGGUGAACAAAUUCAUUGGUUAUCUCAAGCAGAACACAUACUGCUUUCCGCAUAGCUUGAGAUGGAUUUUAUCACAAAUGUACAAAACACUCUCCUGUGUAGACCGGCUGGAGGGUGGGGAGGUGCGAGCAAUGUGCACGGAUCUUCUGCUUGCAUGUUUCAUUUGUCCUGCAGUUGUCAACCCAGAACAGUAUGGAAUAAUUUCUGAUGCCCCAAUAAACGAGGUGGCAAGAUUUAAUCUGAUGCAGGUCGGGAGACUUUUGCAGCAGUUGGCAAUGACAGGUUCUGAAGAGGGAGAUCCGCACAUGAAGAGCAACCUUGGCAAAUUUGACAAAAGCUGUGUUGCUGCUUUCCUGGAUGUUGUUAUUAGUGGGCGUGCUGUGGAAACCCCUCCGAUGUCCUCAGUUAACCUUCUAGAAGGGUUGAGUAGGACUGUGGUUUAUAUGACAUACAGCCAACUUAUUAAUCUGGUUGGUUUUAUGCGAAAUGUAAUGUCAAGUGACCAACUGAAGGAAGAUCGGAUGGCUCUGGAAAACUUGUUGGCAAACUUACCCCAGAACAAACCCGGGAAAAGUAGCAGCCUUGAAAUGACUCCUUACAAUACCCCACAACUCUCCCCUGCAACUACCCCAGCUAACAAAAAAAAUCGACUGCCUAUAGCUACCCGUAGCAGAAAUAGAUCAAAUAUUCCAAUGGACCAGCAUGGAGACCAUGAAGGAUCUUCCCAGGAUUCUAUACAGGAAGUUCAGCCAGAAGAAGUACUGGUUAUUUCUUUGGGAACAGGUCCGCAGCUUACUCCGGGGAUGAUGUCAGAAAAUGAGGUCUUAAACAUGCAGCUUGCCGAUGGAGGACAAGGAGAUGUCCCUGUUGAUGAAACCAAACUCCACGGUAAACCUGAUAAAACCUUGCGCUUUUCCCUCUGCAGUGAUAAUCUGGAAGGAAUAUCUGAAGGUCCUUCAAAUCGCUCCAAUUCUGUGUCCUCUUUGGAUUUAGAAGGAGAGUCUGUGUCAGAGCUUGGUGCAGGGCCUUCUGGGAGCAAUGGUGUUGAAGCCCUGCAGCUGUUAGAACAUGAACAAGCUACGACUCAGGAUAAUCUUGAUGACAAGCUCCGUAAAUUUGAAAUUCGUGAUAUGAUGGGAUUGACUGAUGAUAGGGACAUAUCAGAAACUGUGAGUGAGACCUGGAGCACAGAUGUCUUGGGCAGUGACUUUGAUCCAAAUAUUGAUGAAGACCGUUUGCAAGAAAUUGCAGGUGCAGCUGCAGAGAACAUGCUUGGCAGCUUGCUGUGUUUGCCAGGUUCAGGAUCUGUGCUGCUGGACCCCUGCACAGGGUCAACCAUAUCCGAAACCACCAGUGAAGCUUGGAGUGUGGAGGUAUUGCCAAGUGAUUCAGAGGCCCCAGACCUAAAGCAGGAGGAAAGACUGCAGGAACUGGAAAGCUGUUCUGGGCUGGGCAGCACCUCUGAUGACACAGAUGUGAGGGAGGUCAGUUCUCGUCCCAGUACACCAGGCCUCAGCGUCGUGUCAGGUAUUAGUGCAACCUCUGAGGAUAUUCCUAAUAAGAUCGAGGACCUUAGGUCUGAGUGUAGCUCUGACUUUGGAGGGAAAGAUUCAGUGACAAGUCCUGAUAUGGAUGAAACAGCUCAUGGAGCCAGUCAGUUGACUUCUCACCCUUCUCAGUCGGACUCUUUGCUUGCAUUGUUUGACCCUUUGUCAUCACACGAAGGUGUAUCAGCAGUGGUUAGGCCUAAAGUGCACUAUGCAAGACCCGCUCAUCCGCCGCCAGAUCCCCCAAUCUUGGAAGGAGCUAUGGGAGGUAAUGAGGCCAGAUUACCAAAUUUUGGCUCCCACAUCUUAAUCCCAACUGAUUUGGAGGCGUUCAAACAAAGGCAUUCCUACCCAGAAAGGCUGGUCCGCAGCAGGAGCUCUGACAUAGUGUCAUCAGUUCGGAGACCUAUGAGUGACCCUGGCUGGAACAGGCGGCCUGGUAAUGAAGAAAGGGAGCUUCCUACACAAACACCCAACAUUGGGGCAGCUGCUUCAGUGCCUGCGCCUCAGUCCUCUUCGUCAUCCCCCAGUAAAGACUCCUCUAGAGGAGAGAUUGAGGAACGAAAAGAUAGUGAUGAUGAGAAAUCUGACAGGAACAAACCCUGGUGGAGAAAGCGUUUCGUUUCUGCCAUGCCCAAAGCUCCUAUACCAUUUAGAAAAAAAGAAAAACAAGAAAAAGACAAAGAUGACUUUGUGUCUGAGAGAUUCUCAACACUUCAAGAUGAUCCCAAUCCCAGACUAAGUGCACAGGCACAGGCUGCAGAGGAUAUCCUGGACAAAUAUAGGAAUGCUAUUAAGCGAACCAGCCCAAGUGAAGGAGCUAUAGUAAAUUAUGAAAGUGCAGAGGUAAUUGGAGAUGGUGAGAGUAUACACGACUCUCCACGUGAUGAAGCCCUGCAGAAUAUGUCAGCUGAUGACCUCCCAGAUUCUGCAAGUCAAGUAGCACAGCCGCAAGACUCUGCUUUCUCUUACAGGGAUGCAAAGAAGAAACUGAGACUGGCUCUUUGUUCAGCAGAUUCCAUUGCCUUCCCAAUGUUGUCCCAUUCGACAAGAAAUGGCCUACCAGAUCACACCGACCCUGAUGAUAAUGAAAUUGUGUGCUUCCUGAAAGUUCAGUUAGCUGAAGCUAUUAACCUACAAGAUAAGAAUUUGAUGGCCCAACUGCAGGAGACAAUGCGCUGUGUAAGCCGCUUUGAUAACCGAACAUGUCGAAAGCUACUGGCUUCCAUUGCAGAGGAUUAUAGGAAAAGGGCUCCAUAUAUUGCUUAUUUAACUCGAUGUCGCCAAGGUCUGCAGACCACACAAGCCCAUCUGGAAAGGCUCCUGCAGAGGGUAUUACGUGAUAAGGAAGUGGCCAACAGAUAUUUCACCACAGUUUGUGUGAGGUUACUUCUGGAAAGCAAAGAAAAAAAGAUAAGGGAAUUCAUUCAAGAUUUCCAGAAACUCACUGCAGCAGACGAUAAAACAGCCCAAGUAGAAGACUUUCUUCAGUUUUUAUAUGGGGCCAUGGCCCAGGAUGUCAUCUGGCAGAAUGCCAGUGAAGAGCAGCUCCAGGACGCACAGCUUGCCAUUGAACGCAGUGUGAUGAAUCGCAUUUUCAAACUCUCAUUCUACCCUAAUCAGGAUGGAGACAUUUUGCGUGACCAGGUCCUUCAUGAGCAUAUCCAAAGGUUGUCUAAGGUAGUGACUGCAAACCACCGAGCACUUCAGAUUCCAGAGGUGUAUCUCCGGGAGGCACCAUGGCCAUCUGCACAGUCCGAAAUCCGCACAAUCAGCGCUUACAAAACCCCACGGGACAAAGUGCAGUGUAUUCUGCGAAUGUGUUCAACCAUCAUGAACCUGCUGAGUUUGGCCAAUGAAGAUUCAGUCCCUGGGGCGGAUGACUUUGUUCCUGUUUUGGUGUUUGUUCUGAUAAAGGCAAACCCACCCUGCUUGUUGUCCACUGUUCAGUACAUUAGUAGCUUCUAUGCUAACUGUUUAACUGGAGAAGAAUCUUACUGGUGGAUGCAGUUCACAGCAGCAGUUGAAUUUAUUAAAACCAUUGAUGAUCGUAAGUGACCCAAAAGGGCACCUAUGUAGACAGACUGUUAGCAGCAAAGAGCCUGUAAGAAUGUAUAUCGACUGUUUCAAAGGCUGAAGAAAUACUUUCCUUGUAUAAUAUUGUACAGAGUGGAAGCGUUUAAAAAAAAAAAUUUAACUAAUCAGAUUAAUUAAUUUAACAGGUUUUCUUUCCUCUCUGUUUUGGUUGCAUCUUUCCCCCCUUUAGGGAUUAGCACGGGAAAAAGGGACCACAUUUUUCAGGUAUUGUGGAUUCUCAAAAUCGUUUAGGAAACUCUGCUGUCACUGCCCCUUUCACACACACUAUUUUUCCCCUAGACUUCUGUUGAUGUAAAUUCAUUCAUUUUCUUUGUUUCCAACCAAAAAGAUCAUGGCAAGCACUUUUAAGAACCUUUCUAGCUUAAUACACCUUUUGUAAGAAAACACCAGCUGCACUGAAAGUUUGUAGCAGUUGACAUAAUUAUAAAUUGUACUUCACCUAUGGUAAAAUUAAAACCUGGGGACAAUGUAAAUAUAUUAUAUAAUAUUUAAUAAACUGCAGUCAUCUUUGGACUCAUUAUCCUUCCAACCAGCAAACAAGCAGUUUCUCUCUCCUACAGCAGGUUGUGACAUACUGUAUUGGGUAAUGAGAUGACUUCCUCAAUAGAAUAAGUUUAAAAAGGGCAAACCUAAAUAUUUAUUAAAAUUUAAUAAAGUUUACAGAACUUUCUGAAACUGGAAUUUACAAUUCACAGGGCUCUCACUCGAAAGUUUAAAAUUUUUGGCUCGGGAAUUAGAGCAUUUUAAAUAAAUAGUUUGGAUUUAUAGCAGAGAGGGGCUGUAAGUUUCAAUGGAGAAGUUCUAAUAUAAAAAGGAAUAGUAUAUACCUUAUUGUAAUAUUUUUCAUCUGAAAUACUGUGUAUACUGUACAAACCCCAAACAGAAUUCCUUACAGAACCUGAAACUGUAAUAUAUAUUUUGAUUAUUCACAUUAAAUACACAUGCCAGGGGUUUCAGUGAAUGUUUUUUUACUAUGUGUUCUUUGUAUUGUCUUCUCUAGCAGUGCAGGUUUUACUAUUCAUAUAAAAUAUUU